CUAAUCCGCUUCUCUCGCGGGAAAUUGCGAAGUUUCCGGUGUUGUGUAUGUUCCUGGAAACAUGGCGGCCAGCUUCCGCGGCCGUCCUAUCCGGAGUCUUCGGAUGCGAGGUCGGAAUGACAGCGGGGAGGAGAACGUACCGCUGGAUCUGACCAGAGAGCCGUCGGAGAACUUCAGAGAAAUCCUCCAAAACGUGGCCAAACAACAUGGAGUUAGCAACAUGCGAAAGCUGGGCCACCUGCACAACUUCAUCAAGCUGAUAUGCAGCAUAGGCCACCGUGAAGAAAACUUUGGGUUUACGCACGAAGAAAUCAUAGUUUGUCUUCGACUAGCUCUGCUAAAUGAGGCCAAGGAAGUGCGUGCUGCGGGUUUGCGGGCCCUGCGCUACCUCAUUAGAGACACCAACGUUCUGCAAAAGGUCCUCAGACUGCAGGUUGAUUAUUUAAUUGCCAGGUGAGUUCCUCAGUCCUGUUGCUUUUUUUAACAGUCAAAAAUUCCACCACAAUUUAAAGGUGACAUCUGUGG